AUGUUCCGUGCCCUCUCAGGCGCCGUGGCGCGCUGCGCGACCCGCGUGGCCGCCCCCGCGGCCCCGCACGCCCCGCUCCAUGCAGCCGCGCUGCCCGCAGCCACCUCAGCGCCGCUCCAGCGGUUCUACCCAGCUGCGACCGUGCACACCUCGUCCGUCCUGCAGUCCUGCACCGCUGGGGCGUACCCGACGCGCAUCCGCCAGAUUGGCUCCUCCACGGCCGCGGGGGCGGCCGAGCCUAGCACUGCGCCCGCAGACGCCCCAGCCUUUAUGAUUUUCGGCGCCACGGGCGGGAUCGGCGCGCAGGUGGCCAGGCAGCUCAAGGCCAAGGGAUUCCGCGUGACGGUGUCUGGACGGGACCCUGCGCGCACCAACGCGGUCGCGGUCGAGACGGGCGCGGACGCCGUGGCCGUGGUGGAUCCCCUGGACGCGAGCGCCGUGGACAAGGCCAUCGCGGCGGCCGCGAAGGACAUGGGCCGCCUGGACGGCGUGGCGAACUGCGUGGGCAACGUGCUGCUGCGCGGGCUCCACGCGACCAGUGAGAAGGACUUCGACGACGUGGUCCGCACGAACCUGUUCUCCGCGUUCAACGUGAGCAAGGGCGCGAUCAAGACGAUGAUGAAGUCCGGCGGGGGCUCCGUGGUGCUCUUCUCCAGCGCCGUGGCCAAACACGGCCUGCCCAACCACGAGGCGAUCGCGGCCGCCAAGGCCGGCGUCGAGGGGCUCAUGAAGAGCAGCGCCGCCACAUACGCCCCGAAGAACAUCAGGGUCAACUGCGUCGCUCCGGGCCUCACGCGGACGGGCCUCGCGGAGAAGAUCACCUCGAGCGAGCCGGCCCUGAAGGCGUCGACGGCGAUGCAUGCUCUGGGGCGCAUUGGCGAGGCGGACGAGGUGGCGCGCGCGGCGGUGUUCCUGCUCGACCCCGCGAACUCGUUCAUCACAGGGCAGGUGCUGGGCGUGGACGGCGGGCUCGGCUCGGUCAAGUCGCAGGGUUGA